AGCAAAGAGAGAACCACCGUCCAUAAGAAAGGGGGAAAGAACGAAUUCAAUAUCCUUCCGCACGACGGAAAGAAAUAAGGAGCCGUAGAGAGAUGGCCUUGGCCAAGUCCUCCAUUCUGCUUUUGUUGCUGCUCCUGUCGACGGUGCCAGCUCCAUGCCCUGCGACGCUGGAGGAGGACGAGAAGGAGUGCGCGGACCAGCUGCAGAAUCUGGCAUCGUGCGUGCCGUACGCGAGCGGGAGCGCGCCGAAGCCCACGCCGGAGUGCUGCGCGGACGCGGAGAAGCUGAGGGCCAGCCAGCCCAAGUGCCUGUGCGUGCUCAUCGUGGAGAGCACCGAUCCCUCCCUCGCCCUCCCCAUCAACACCACCUUAGCUCUCCACAUGCCCGCCGCCUGCAACAGCGACGCUAAAGUCUCCAACUGCCCCAGUAUUCUGAAGCUGAAUCCGAGCUCACCGGAAGCCAAGAUAUUUAGGGAUGCGACGGCCUCGACGAGUCCUUCAUCCGCUGCUUCCUCAUCUUCGGGUUCUUCUGAUGCGGGUCCGGCUUCUAGUGGGGAGUCGGGGUCUAAAACGGCACCUACUAAUGGGGGAGGGGGACUGGAGAGCUUUGUGGGUGCAGGUGUUGCUAGUCUGGUGGUCUGGAGUGCAGUGCUUUUUAUUUGAGAGACCGUGAUGCUGCAAUGUAAUGUAUCACGCAUGGUGCGGAACUAGAGGCUGUUACGCCACCCGUCCAUGCAUGGAGAGCAAGUUGAUGACAUGAUGCCACCAAGGUUUUGCAUGGACGGUGUGCAAGCCACCACAGUGUCGUCUAAUAAUCUUGAAAUUCUGAUUUGUAAUAAA